CACUGGGUCCGUUGUCUCGUCCUUACAGACUCUGAAGGUGAGAUAUAGGCUCCAUAAAAAGCCAAUCCAGUCCAUAUGGAAAUGUUGUCCCUUGGUGUCCCCGGUCAAUCCCAUUGUUUCUGUUCCUCUUGUUUUGGCCAAGGGGUGAAGCCAGACCUCGAUGAUAAGAUUACAUUUGAGCUGAAAGAUAUUUUGUACUUCUGAUAGUAAGGCAGAACACGCAAUGUUUGCCAUGGAGUGUGUUCCUAAAUUGUGCAGCUGAGGAGGAGAGAACCAAUGGUGCCAACAGCUCUGCGUGGCUGUGUUCCUUCUCCUUGAGCCCCUGCACCUCUGAAGGAGGGAGAGGUAAACGUGGCAGCUGAGUUUCUGAACCACUGGCCCUUCUAUGAGAUCUCUUAGGGUACAAACCCUGUUGGCCCAUCCCAUGGAUUCUGCCAUCGCUCUGUAUGGAGUGGAUCUGCCUGCUUUUCCAGCUGCUAUGAUCUCACUGUGCACAGGGGCAGUUUAAUGCUUUGCCUUUUGAAAGUGCCUCCUGACAGCCCUUCCCAGCAGCAGUGCAUCUCAGAGCAGCCAAUGGAGCCAUCUGCACCUCCCAAAGGAAGCGUGCCUUGGCUUGCAGUGUCUUUCCAACCCAAGCCCUUGUGUUUCCUUCCCCCAGGGUCAUUCUGGGACUUUCAAAAAUGCAAGAGGUAAGAACUGGAAUGGAAACGGGAGAUAACAGAGCUCUUGAUAACCCGUGUUAUUCUUUCCAUCGUAUUCCUGGGAAACACAAUGAAAUCUUUUCCCCUUCUUUCAAGGGAGUCUUUGAUAACCCUAUCAAGUCAAAAAGAAGUUGGGCAGCAGCGAACUCGACUCUUAGGACUUUUGCUUAAUUUUACAGGGUCGCUCUUAUCGGCUGUUUCUUUUUCUUUCAAGGAAUAGCUUGCAAACAGAUGGGUGUUUGCUGCUGAUAUUUGACGUUAGAGUUUCCAAGAUAUUCCUUAGCACCGCGGGGGAAUUUUUGGGCUGCAGUGAUAACCCUUGGCCGCGUGCAUGGCACUGGUGGAGGCAGUAGGGGCCAUGGUGGGGUAUAUAAGGGUGCAGGUAGACUUCUGGAGGUCUACUGGAACAGCUUGCGAGAGCAGCUCACCAUGAAGUGGCUGAUCCUCACCGUGCUGUGCCUGCACCUCUGCGAGGGGCUGCUGCGGGUUCCCCUGAAGAAGGGCAAGUCCAUCAGGGAGGCGAUGAAGGAGAGCGGCGUGCUCCAGGACUACCUGGCCAAUCACCGCUACUAUGACCCUGCCUACAAGUUCUUCAGCAACUUUGCCACUGCCUAUGAGCCCCUGGCGAACAGCAUGGAUAUGUCCUAUUAUGGGGAGAUCAGCAUCGGGACCCCCCCGCAGAACUUCCUGGUGCUCUUCGACACCGGCUCCUCCAACCUGUGGGUGCCCUCCACGCUCUGCCAGAGCCAGGCCUGCGCCAACCACAACGAGUUCAACCCCAAUGAGUCCUCCACAUUUUCAACUCAGAAUGAGUUCUUCUCCCUGCAGUAUGGAUCCGGCAGCCUCACCGGCAUCUUUGGCUUUGACACAGUGACAAUCCAGGGCAUCUCCAUCACAAACCAGGAGUUCGGCCUGAGCGAGACGGAGCCUGGCACCAACUUUCUGUACUCUCCCUUCGAUGGCAUCCUGGGGUUGGCCUUCCCUGCCAUCUCUGCUGGUGGAGCCACCACUGUGAUGCAGAAAAUGCUGCAGGAAAACCUGCUGGACUCCCCCAUCUUCAGCUUCUACCUGAGCGGGCAGGAGGGCAGCCAAGGUGGUGAGCUCAUCCUCGGCGGCGUCAACCCCAACCUGUACACGGGGCAGAUCUUCUGGACUCCUGUCGUCCAGACCACCUACUGGCAGAUCGGGAUCGAAGACUUCACUGUUGGUGGGCAGAACGGUGGCUGGUGCAGCCAGGGCUGCCAGGGGAUCGUCGAUACGGGGACCUCCCUCCUCACCGUUCCCAACCAGGUCUUCAGUAAUCUGAUGCAGUACAUUGGAGCUCAAGCUGAUAGCAACGGCCAGUACGUGGCAAGCUGCAGCAACAUCGAGUACAUGCCCACCCUCACCUUCGUCAUCAGCGGCAACAGCUUCCCCCUGCCUCCCUCUGCCUACAUGCUCCAGAGCAACAGCGGCUACUGCACUGUUGGGAUUGAAUCCACCUACCUGCCCUCCGAGACUGGGCAGCCCCUCUGGAUUCUUGGAGAUGUCUUCCUGAGGGUCUACUACUCCAUCUAUGACAUGGGCAACAACCGCGUGGGCUUUGCCACUGCUGUGUAGGCAGCCUCAGUGCCGUGGCCACAGCUCUGUGCAUUGGGGCAUCUCCAUCCCCGCAGAGCCCAGAUCCCUUCUCUUGAAAAAUCUUUGCAUUGAAGAUGGGUUUCUUUCCAGACUAUACUGUGGAGAAAUAAAAGCAUUGAAAAUAAGAUUAA